AUGCAUUCACACGAGCCCCGGAUGCGGUGGACGGAGGAGCUGCACCGGCAGUUCAUCGAAGCUGUCGAUUGCCUCGGCGGCCAGGACGAGGCAACGCCGAAGCGAAUUCUUCAGCUGAUGGGCGCCAAGGGAGUCAGCAUAUCUCACAUCAAGAGCCAUCUCCAGAUGUACAGGUCAAGCUCUAGCAACACCACCUGCAACGGUCUACCCAAUGCAUCCGUUGCUAGCCGUCGAGAUCACCGUGUCGUUGACGGGCCAGGCCACAGGAACGGAAAUGACAUGGGGGAGAGGACCAACGAUGCUUCUUCUUACGCCGUGCCUCCCCACGGCCACCGCUCAUUGCCGCCAUACCAAUUACCGUCGAUCGAAGAAGUUUUCAGGAGCUGGGAGCAGAGUAGAGGGCGGUUACCAUGGAACUCCAGCAUGCCAUCAGAGAAGGCGACUCGCUGGGCAUGCCAUGCUGACAGAAGCACGCGUCAACAGCACCAGCCGGCGGCGGGGUGUGACCUGACGCUGUCGAUCGGCCGUUGGGAGGCGGAGGCGGAGGCGGCGAGCAGUGAUGCUGACAUCUCGAGCACGACCACCGAGGAGGUCGCCGUGCCGGCAAGGGAUCGAGGAGCCGGCGGUCACCAUCGCUCCGCCUCCGCCACCGGUCUGGUCCUUGACCUGAACCUCGACCUGGCCGUCUCAUCUUCUUGUCUUUGA